CAAGGCUUCUUUGCUUCUGCGGGCGUGACCAGAACCAAUAGGACACAGGAAAGUGGGGGCGCUUCAGCAACGAAUCUGGAGGCAGGAAGGGUUAAGCGAGCCCCUUUACUUAUUUCCCGGCACAGGAGCCGUGCGUGGUCACUUCCGAGCGAUCUCUCUCCAUCACUCCGAAGCUGAGUCUCUCAAGAGAGGGACUCCAGCCAAUAGCCACGCCAGGGAGCCCAGACCAGAAGCCACCGCAGAAAAGGAGAGCCACUCUGCGAAGCCAGAGCGGAAGGAGUUAACGGACUGACCCAUAAAACCUUCACCAGGGAGGCUACUUUUGAGAGGAGAAGCGGCGGGACCAAAGUGGUUGUUGUGGUGUCCUUGUGGGGAGCGGGGGGGGGGGAGAGCCUUUGGUGCCGUCUCUUCUCCUUUCACCAAGACAGAUCUAGAGGCGAGCCCUGUUCUCAGAGUGGGACAGGAGCUGAGGCCAGGAAGGAGGGAAGCCGGGGGUCCAAAGACUCCGCGCCGAGGGCGGCGGAUGAGUUGACAAGCACUCACUCCUUUAAAGCAAGUUUUCUCGAAAGAGGGGCUGGAGAGACGUCCAGCGAAGGAAAGGAGGGGGUUAAAGUCUUCUCGCUCGGUUGCCUUGUCUCUGGCUUCCUCUGCCUCACGAAGAUUAGCCCCAGAAGGACACACCGGUGCCCAGCUGGGCUGGCCAAUGCCCGCCCAAGUUCAGCUGAGUUGCCUCUUCUGUCCGUUUUAGCCCGAUCUCUCUCUCCUCUCCGCACCGCCACGAGGGAGCAGGAGGACGUAGCCGCCUAGGAGUCUCCGAAGUAGGCUGAGGCGUCUGUUGCCUGCCAGCCCAUCCCGGGAGCGAGCUCGUGGUGGGAGAGGAGGACAGAGGCAGUGGGACUGGAAAGUAAGCGAGAGGGGAAAGCACCCCCAGACUGAGGCACCUGGAUGCAAAGAAGAGGGGGUCAAGGGUCUUGUGGAGGCAGCAGGAAGGACACGAGCAGGCUGAUUUACUGCUCUUUUUCGCUCUGUGGAGUCUGCCAGCUUUGGGGGGAUCUGAAGAAGAAAGUCAACUCCAAGCCCCAACGCCCUUGGCUGGCUCUUAUGGGAAUGAAACACUCCUCCCGCUGCCUGCUCCUAAGGAGGAAAAUGGCGGAGAACGCUGCUGAGAACACGGAGGGAGGGAUGUAUGAGAAGAAGAUGGUCGAUGCUGCAGGAUGAGCAGCGGCGACGAGCCAAGUGCCAGAUGAGCAGAAAAUGGUAGCUCAGCUCAGCUGCUGCUAAGGAUCUCCCACCACCACCACUUGCCAAGCUGGAUGCUGCUGCAGGUCCCCCUUCACAGCAGAAGAUUCUACAGGAGCACCAGUUUCUCCCCUUCCCUUGGCUAUGAUCGAAGCCAGCAAGCCACAGGUUUGCAGUGGUCCGUCCCAGCCUCUUCAGCCAACUGCUGUUCCAAAGCCUGUUCAAUCCAUCAUCCAUGUACCUUUGCAACCAAGCUGCCCAGGUCGGGGAAAGAUGGCAAAACUCCUGAAUCCAGAAGAGAUGACAUCAAGGGAUUAUUAUUUUGAUUCCUAUGCCCACUUUGGGAUUCAUGAGGAAAUGUUGAAGGAUGAGGUGCGCACAUUAACAUAUAGGAACUCUAUGUAUCACAAUAAACAUGUAUUUAAGGAUAAGAUUGUAUUGGACGUUGGAAGUGGCACAGGGAUCCUCUCAAUGUUCGCAGCAAAGGCAGGAGCCAAGAAAGUAUAUGGGAUUGAAUGUUCCAGUAUAUCUGACUACUCAGAAAAAAUUAUCAAGGCCAACCACCUGGACCACAUAAUCACAAUAUUUAAGGGUAAAGUGGAAGAAACUGAGUUACCAGUGGACAAAGUAGACAUCAUCAUCAGCGAAUGGAUGGGUUAUUGUCUUUUCUAUGAGUCCAUGCUUAACACGGUCAUCUUUGCUCGUGACAAGUGGCUGAAACCUGGAGGGCUUAUGUUUCCAGACCGGGCUGCUUUGUACGUGGUAGCAAUUGAAGACAGGCAGUACAAGGACUUCAAAAUUCACUGGUGGGAGAAUGUUUACGGCUUUGACAUGACCUGUAUCAGGGACGUUGCCAUGAAGGAGCCUUUGGUGGACAUUGUAGACCCAAAGCAAGUGGUGACCAAUGCCUGUUUAGUAAAGGAAGUGGAUAUUUAUACGGUGAAGCAGGAGGAACUGGCAUUUACUUCUGCAUUUUGCCUCCAGAUUCAGCGCAAUGACUACAUUCAUGCCUUGGUUACUUAUUUUAAUAUAGAAUUUACAAAGUGCCACAAGAAAAUGGGAUUUUCUACAGCCCCAGAUGCUCCUUAUACCCACUGGAAACAAACUGUCUUCUACUUGGAGGACUACCUAACUGUAAGAAGAGGUGAAGAAAUCUAUGGCACCAUAUCCAUGAAACCAAAUGAAAAAAAUGUGCGUGACCUGGAUUUCACAGUAGAUUUGGAUUUUAAAGGGCAGCUGUGUGAAACAUCUAUAUCUAAUGACUACAAAAUGCGCUAGCAAGAUGCCCUGUUCAAAGGAUGGAAGAGAAAAGUACAUCGAUUCUUGACCUGCCACACCUCAAGCUGGGAACAAUCACUUGCAGGACUCUUUAACUAGACCCUUGAAGUUAUCUCUGACAGAAAGUUGGUAGCUCAGUUCCUUUGCUGGCAGCACAAAGUGCCAGGGGUUCUCAAAAUGAAUGUACAGUAUAUAGACCCAUAGCUUUUGUCAGUUGUCUAGGCAAACUAAAGCAACAGUCCUGAGUGCUCUGGUUAGUUAGAUGGCAAAAAGACUCACAUAUAAAUUAUGUUAACAUGCUACAAAUUUGGGGGUUCUUCCCAGCUUUGCAUGCUAUGGGUAUUUUUCUUACCGAUAGAAGACUUCUUAAGACAUAUUGUCGUGAAUAGAUGACUGAGAUUAUUUUCAGUAUUAAAAUAUAGACCAACAUUUUCUAUUGGAAGGAUUCUGUGGUUUGUUUGUUUGUUUUCAAAAUAGGAAUUUUAUUUGUGAUUGGUUUGUUCAUUCUCCAUUCAUUAUUAACAUCCUCUUAACUGGGACAUCACAGCAUUAGACUGCAAUCCUGAACACAGUUAUGAAAUUCCACUGAAGCCAGUGGAAGUACUUGAGCAGGGUAGUAGCCUUAGUUCUUCUUGUAUUGAGCUAGUGAAGCUGAGGUUCUUGAUUUUUGUUUGCUGUCCUCCACUGCACCUUUCAAGAAAUGCUUUAUGCUGAAUGUUAGUGCAAGCUAGAAGGUGUAUUAAAAUAGUACAUUUUUUAAAAGCACAGCUCUUUACUAAAGUCCAAGCUGAGAAACACAUUUAGUUUCAAUCUCCAAGGUCAGUUUCUGCUUCUGUAAAUGUGGAUUUCUGGUUCUAGUUCCAUUACAGUUGGUGACUAUUUCUAUAAAUAGAUGCCUAACCUGCUGGUUAUAUUUUUGAGAGAGAGAGAGAGGCCAAUGCUUCAACUUUCAUCACUUUUGAAUGUCUGUGAUGAUGAGUUGUCAUCAUUGGAAAGUGCAUGGAAACCUCUCAAAAUUUAACAUCUGGCAUUUGAAUGUGAAGCAUACAGAGCCUUGAAGUGAGUCAUGCUUUUUGCCAUGGUGCAUUUCUUUCUCGCUACACACUUGUUCUGUUUCAAAAUAAACACAGACUUUGUAUUUAUUCUCCAAUGGCUUUCUUUUCUUUGUUAUUUCUCAGAUAAGUCAAGAGUGUCAAACAUAAGGUGCUGGAGAAUAUGCUCAGGUCUUUGGGGGUCCCUAAUAAGCAGGGCUGUGUAUAUGCUGUGAUUUGGUGGGAGCACAGAAAAAGCACACAACAUGGCAGUGGGCACAGAAUCAAAAUUCCAUAAAAGCUCAGUUUUGAACUGAUUAUUAAAAAAUCCAGGAUUUUAAUCUUUAGGGUACAGAAAAUAUGCUUGAAUGUUGUGGGGAGGGUGGGGCAAUGCCUGCUGAAAUCCCAACAGUCAGAGAGGUGGUUGAGUAAGAAUUUCAAUCUCUGGGAAUGCCUUUGCCACUCCCCAAAACUGCAAAAGCUAGACAAAACUAUGCAACACAGCGAAACAUGCAGAAUCAAUUAUGCAAACUAAAAGAAAUUAUGCAGAUUUCCCCUAUUUGCAUAAUUGAUACAGGAUGCAGAAUUAAGGUGGCUUUUUAAAAAGGGGGGGGCUUUGGAUUGCCUGAGUGCGGGAUUUUAAUUGCAGUACACACAAUCCUGGCAACGGGACCCUCACCACACUCUGCAAUUCAUUAGUGAUAGGUAGGCUUCCCUCAGUUUGCCUUGCAGUACAUUUCAUUUGGUAUUUCUAAGCUUUCUUACAAAGUUCUCAGAACAUGCUCCAGCCUUUCUGAGCUUUUUCUGAGAAAGCUAAGAAAAAACUAAGCACAGGAAAAUUCAUCCUCAGCCACCAUGCCGGUCCUCAUAAAGGAGGACAACCAGUGGCAGCUGGGUUCACAGGAAACAGGCGGAACCUUGUAGGCCUCACUCUUAGCUGAUCUCGAUUCUCCUGAGCAUGCUCAGAAGCAUCUAGGGCAGUUGAGGCUUGCCCUGUCAAGUCCUGCCCUCCAGCAAGUUCCUCCACUCCUUAAUAAGGGUAGGUUUGCUUGGGGGGAAGGAGGAGAACGGGCAGCAAGGGCUAGGUGGUGUAAGUGAAGUAGUCUGAGUUCAAUUUAUAAUGGGGUAUUUGUUUCUUAACUGGGGAUAAUUUCAAAUAUUUUCAGAACUCUCAGAAAUCACAAAUGGCACGCUGUCCAACUUAUUCACAAGUAUUCACUGUCAAAAUGGCCCAAGCUUUCCAUUUAAAUUACUGUAUUUACCUGAGCAAGACUAGGUUUUCCCCAAGUUCUUUGAUGUUAGGAAGGCGAGGGAAGGGGCCAUCUUAAAUUCAGAGUGUUCUUCCUUUGGGGUAAAUAGUAUAACAUAUUUAACACAUAUUUUUAAGGGGGUCAUCUUAAAUUUAGGGUUGUCUUCUAUUUGAGUAAAUACAGUGUUUCAUGUGCUUGAAACAAGCUUGCUCCUUGCAUCAGACAAGUGAAGCAGAGAGGCAUCAGGAACAAGUAAUGUGACAGCAGACCCUUUCCCCACUCUUUACCCUUGCAAGUUAGAUUCUGUGAAAUGAAACAUUUGCAGUGGGGUGAGCUGCAGGAAGAGGAAUUUGGGGAAUGGAUAUUUAUCAAAUGGAAGUAUAAUUGAUGUUCUGUUGGUGAAAAAGUAGGAAUGAGGUCCCCGGGAAUCUGCUGAGAGGGGAAUUUGUCCCUCCAAAUCAUUUGGCAUUUACACCUCUGCUUUUUGUAGUGUCAAGCUUACAGUGCAAACUAUUUGCUGAGCCUGGAGAAUAUUCUUUUUUAAAAACAUCUUUCUCUUUUUCCUCUGUUUUUGUUUGUUUGUUUUGCUUUAAAGUCAUUCAUCUUAUUGUUAAAAUGCUAUUUAUAUAUCUUGAUAUAUGAAUUGUAAGGUACUUUUACUCUGAAUGUAAGGCAUUUUCAUCAGCAAUAAAUGUUGCUUUUCCAUUUUAUGUCUUUCAAUAGUUAAUAGCAUUUUUUCCAACCUAAGUACAAAAACAUUGGAUGUUCAUAUGGUGGCGAAACUAGCUUUCUGUUUGAAACAAUUUCUUCUCAGUGGCUAGCUAAUGAAAAAAAUUAGAAAUUUGUUAUUUGCCAACAGUGCUAAAAGUGUAAAAUAAUAUGUAAGCUUUCCUGCUUGGUUAAUUGGUUAGUUCCUGUUUUGCCAGUGUUGUUAUCAUCUUUUAAUCAUUUGGAAAUAUAUUACUGGGGGAUGUAUUUCAUUAUUAGAAAGAUGAGCAGUACUUUCAUUAUUUUCUGGUCUAAAGAUUAUGGUCUUGGGACCGUGCUACAUGGUAUCUAUGUAGAAUGAAAAUAAACUGUACUUUGGCAGUAAAA